AUGCUUGAUGAUAUGGUGGAAGAGAUAGCAGAGGAGAAUGUAGUGCAAGUGGUGACAGACAAUGCAUCUAACUAUGUUAAAGCUGGAUCAAUGUUAGAGGCAACAAGACCAUAUUUAUACUGGACUCCUUAUGCUGCUCACUGUAUCGAUCUAAUGUUGGAAGAUAUUGGAAAGAUCCCAAGGGUGCGGAAUACUUUGAAGGGAGCUAUGUUCUGCAAUGGUUAUAUUUAUAACCAUGUUGGCAUUGUCAACAUGAUGAGGAGAUUUACAAAUCAGAGAAACCUACAUAGGCCUGCAAUCACGAGAUUUGCAACAUCAUUCAUUACUCUCUCCCAAAUGCAUAAACAAAAAAAUAAUUUACGGAAGAUGAUCACGUCUCCAGAGUGGAACAAUUCCAAGUGGUCAAAAGAUGCUGCAGGGAAGAGACUAACAUCAACUUUUUUGCAAGAAAGGUUUUGGAGAAAUAUAGUCUUUGCUUUAAAGUUGACUGGACCUCUUGUUAAGGUUCUUAGAAUGGUAGAUGGAGACAAAAAGCCAGCCAUGGGAUACAUCUAUGAGUCCAUGGAUAGGGCUAAAGAGACUAUCGCUGCUAGUUUUUUGCAUAAGGAAGAACAUUAUAAAAAAGCUUUUGAGUAUAUUGAUGCAAGGUGGGAUUGCCAACUCCAUAGACCAUUACAUGCAGCUGGGUUUUUCUUAAAUCCAGAAUUGUAUUACAAAAAUCCCGAGAAUGCAAUGUGUGCUGAGGUUAUGAAUGGAUUGUAUGCAACCAUUCAAAGGUUGGUACCUGAUUUGAGCACUCAAGAUAAGAUUGGGGAACAACUAGACUUGUAUCAAAAUGCCCAAGGUCUUUUUGGCAAUCCAAUGGCCAUAAGACAAAGAGACAAAAGAGCUCCAGCUGAUUGGUGGUCUGCCUAUGGAGCGUCGGCACCGGAGUUACACAAAUUUGCUAUCCGACUUCUGGGGCAUCUGAGCCUAAUUAUUCUACUAGGAGGUCAUCUACACCAAGUAAGUUCUACUAGGAAGGCAUCUGAAACCUCAAAUUGUAGAAGGGCUUCUAGGGGAUUUAGCUUGAUUGAUGAAGAGAUAGAAGAAGACAUUGGAGUUUCUGAAGAUGAUGGGGAGGAGGAAGUACUUGGGAUUGAUGUUGAUGACGAUGAUGCUGAUGAGUUUUAG